GAAAUUAUUUUAUUUUCAUGUUUGGAUUAAUUUUAUUCAAAGUUCCACUAUUUGAAGGGAGAAACUUUCCGGGUGGGGGAAACCCGCACAUCGCUGCGUCCUGCUGGCGCGCUCCUGAGCUCACCAUCAUUGUCUCAUGUCUCCGUGACUAAGCCCCUCGCUGCAACGCUGCUCAUCCUCUUGUCAAAACGUGCCCUGCCGGCGGACCAAUCAGCUGCCGCCUCGCGCUGGCAGGAAAUGACGUGGGAAGUCCCUGCCUCUGUAAGAAAUACCGUCUCCCCAACAAACACUAUCCACACAUCUCCCAUCAGCAUCCUCAGACUAUGAAGGCGGGGGUGUUGUGUUUUUUAUUUAUUUAUUUUUUUCAUUUUGAAGCCGGCUUCUCUCAGCUGUGAAGCAAAUGUGUUCGAGUCUUGACUUGUGACCACUUCCCCCGCCGUCCCCCUCUCUCUGUGAAAGCUCUCAAAUCGUUUCUUGUGAGCUCCCCAAAAGCAGGAGACCCCCUUUACGCACCUCACCAGCACCAAAAAAAUGCAAAUCAAGGAUCUGCGGAUGCAUCCCGCCUGACCAGGAGCUGAGGCGAACCAAACACACCAGGAGAAACUUUCUUUUCUCCCUGCGAUCACGCUGCUGAGAUUUUUCCGUUCUUAUUUUUUCAUAUUUUUAUUUUUUUCAUUUUUACUCCUCUGACUCUGUUUUUACGCGCGAGUUGUUGGCACCUCCCUGCUCCUUCUCAGCGCUCCUUACAGGCGUCGCCAUGCAUUUGGUUUUCAUGCUGUAGUUAAAGAAGGACCCGCAGCUUUCUCCGGCAGCACAACACUCCUCCUUCCUUCGGUUGGGACUCCGGACCGCGCGUCAUGGCGCGACACCUGAAAGCGGUUCCACUGCAGGACCGUGUCGCCUCAUUGUGAGUGGAUCUAUUAUUUUUCCUUGUUUUUUAAGGAGAGGUGGGGGCAUGCUCUCCUCGCUUCUGGAGAACAUUUGUAAAGAGAAGAAAGUAGAGAAAGAAGAGUGAAGGAGGGAAAACAAGAAGGAGACAGCGGUUACCUCAGAGACUGGUUCACUUGGAUGUUCGAUCAGGCCACGACUAUGGGCGAUGGGAGCCACCGCUGUGGACCCAACCCCCUGUGCCCGGACAGGAUAGAGAGCAAGUGCCGCGCGGAGAUCGGGGGCAGGUCCCCGGUGCAGAGCUCCACGGACACGCCUGGGACGUCCGCGUCCACGCCGACGUCCUCCAGCGAGGAUGGGCACGACAAACUUUUAGGAGUGGACCCUGACUACUGUCGGAGGAUUUUAGUGAGAGACGCCAAAGGCACCAUCCGGGAGAUCGUCCUACCCAAAGGCCUGGACCUGGACCGGCCCAAGCGGACGCGCACUUCCUUCACGGCCGAGCAGCUGUACCGGCUGGAGCUGGAGUUCCAGCGGUGCCAGUAUGUGGUAGGACGCGAGCGAACGGAGCUGGCCCGGCAGCUGAACCUGUCAGAAACACAGGUUAAGGUCUGGUUUCAAAACCGCCGGACCAAACAGAAAAAGGACACCACCAAGGAUUCAGACAAGCGCUCCUCCUCCACGUCCGAGUCGUUGGCCACGUGCAACAUUCUCCGCCUCCUGGAGCAGGGCCGCCUCCUGUCGGGGCCCGCCCCGCCUCCGAACUCUCUGCUGGGGCCUCCCGCCCACCCGGCCAACGGCUCCCUGCUCAGCAGCCCGGGCGGGGGCUCCUCCACCUCCCCUGGCAUCAGCAGCAGCACCCCUCCCAGCUCCCUGCCGGGCGGGACAUUUGGGCUCUCCUUGCCCUCUCUGGGCGGCACCCCGCCCUCACCCAGGCUGGGGGUCCCACCCCCGCACUCCCUCUGCUUUUCCAUGCCACUCCUGGGGGGGGCCCAUCACGAACUGACCUCCUCGUACGGCUGCGGUUCCUCUGCCUUUGAGCCGUACAUGCGGCUGGACAGGAAGGAAGCAGAUUUAGGCGGGAAGAAGACAGUCUCCUAAACAGGAAGUCGUAGUCUCAACUUCCUCCUUGUCACCCUGUCAAGAUGGCACCUCGGAGCCUGACGGUUGCUUUCUCACAGCACCAUUUUGUGCCACAGCACUGUUUAGUACACUGUCACAAAAUGGUGAAAAAGACUUGAUGGAAAGGGACAGUUCCACUCUUCCACACUACUAAAAAAACAUUUUUUUGAAGAUUUGCUGUGUGUGUUUGUUGCAGACAAAUGUUUUUAUCACCACUGUCAGCACAGUGGCUUUAAGUGACUCUUCACUUUGUGUCCAGUGAGUUUGUUUGUCUGAUUUCUCUCUACAGGCCUUCAUUUACUGUUCAGGAAGAAAAAAAAAAUACUUGACGAGAAUAUUUCAGAAAAAAAGGUGUCUGAAUGAGGGGGGGAGGUCCUUCAACCACAGCAGUACGUCCACAUUUCUAUACCUGUUCAAGUGGCCAUGUUGGGUUUUAGUUGGUGUGCUAUCACAAUAGAAACAAAUACUUAAGAGAAAAAAAAAACAAAAACGUAGCAUUUUGAUAUCAGUCUGUUUGGUGUCCAGCUGUAGUCUUUGUAAUCUCUUUCUUUGGUUGUGUUUGUGUAUGAUGUGAUAGGAUCUGGGCAAGCAGGGCAAAUUCACAUAUCUACCGUUGAUGGUUCAGUGUCGAAAAAAAAAAAAAAGGAAACUGGAAAGUUUGCCAACGCGGUUUGCAGAUGGAGCUUUGGAGGUGUUUCUCCGGUCAGUUAAGGUAGCUAAACUCUUGGCACCGAUUUUUUGGUUCAUGGAAAAAAAGGCAAAAUCAGACUCAGAGGUUGUGUCCGAAUUCACUCAAUACCAGUGUUCUGUCGCCAGGUUGUAGAUGGAUGUAGUUAGGCGUCAAGAGAUAUACUCAUCGUCCAAUCAGAGCGGUUUUAUGAAUUAUUAUUUUAUAUAAAUCCUUACCGAGUAAAAUGUUGAGUAACGUCCUUAUAAGUCCACUUUUAGAGAAAUUCAAUUUAAAAAUCCAAAUGUUUUGAUAUCCUUUAAAGCUGAAAUCACAUUUAAAUGUUAAAUAAAUUUAUUUUAUAUCAUUUCUUUUACUUGAAAAAAAACCAUACAUUUUUAUUGGAUGCACUAGAAUUAAAAUUGGGCUAGAAAAUGCUUUCUAGCUUUUCAUUACUGCAAAGGGUCGGGGCUCACUUUCACAUGAUCAGCCUAAAAGCAUCUUUUUCAUGACAGAGUUAAAUAAUUCUUCAUUUUAGACACUUUUAUUAAGUGCUCAACUCAGGGCUCAAUAGUGUUACGGGCUACAGAGUGUUGGGGGUCCCAGAGUAUUUGGGGCCCUAGGCAAUCGCCUACCUUUGCCUACAUUGUAAGUCCGUCCCUGAUCCCCACCUGUCACUGCUCUACGUCAAAAUGUGGCCACAUGUGGCCUCUGACCGGUGUUAACUUUUGGAGAAAAAUUGUCCAAUCGCCACUAAAUUGUAGCUUUUCGAAUGCAAACGACACCUGCUGAAUUUGGCUAAAAACUUGCAAUUCGGAUGUCAUUUUUGGAAAUGUGACUGUAUCCUAAAUGCACUAUAUGCUGCGUUCACCAUUUUAUAAAGUUGUCCAAAUCUACAAUUACAAAAUUUCCCAGAAGCCUUUGCGAAAUACCAGUGUGUAUCAAUGCUUACUAGAUUGGCGCAUAAUAAAAACCAGUGAAGAAGAAGUACUUUCAUUUAUUAUUUUUUCAUAUAAACCAUCCAUGUUUUCAUCAGCAGAACACAACGGAUUCAUAUAAAAUUAUCAUAUUUAUUCAUUUUUUUUAAUUUCGUAAAAUCUAUGAUAAAAGUUUUUUAGUAGUUCAUAAGGAGUAGGGAGGGAAUUCGGACACAGCUAGAGAGAGUUCGGUGAUGAAAUCCACAUCUCAGUCUGGAGUUUAAUGUGUCGGAGCUGCAGCGCUUGUUGAUAAAAACUGAGAAUCAAUCUGUAAGUUUUUACCUUAAUUUUUCACUCCAACUUUGACUUACAGUGGGUGUUUUUGAUGAUUUCUUGUCAGGAAAUCACAAAAAUAGAGACUUUGCUGUUCAAGUUUUGCAUAACUAUUUCAUAGCAUUUGCUUUUUUCUCCCCAAAUCUUUGAUAUUAGUUUGUAAAUGUGGAAUUUCCAGAGGUUAGCAUUUUUUGAGUUCCUGCUUUCCGUUAAUUAUGAUUAUCAACACUACAUUAUUGAAAGGGUUUCCUCUGAUUUCAUCUUUGAAAGCACUUUUUCCUUUUCACUCCUUAAAUUCUAGAGAAUCCAUGCAGUUAAUUUCUACAUUUUUUUUCUUUAGGUUUGUCUCAUUUGCAGAUUUGAAGCUGAGUCGACCUCUCUGCACUUGAACAAAAAGUCCAAUUCAUGACAAGCAUCAGGUGUUUCCAUUUGUUUCUCUUCCACAUGAUGACAUUUGUUCGCGCUCCUUUAUUGUCCAGAGAGAAAAAAACCAAAAAUCACCUGUGCAAACCUGUCAUUUGCCAGAGUUUGGCCUCAAUUUGUGCGUGUCAGCUGAGUUUUCACCUCUUCGCUCCCGUCUCUUGUGUGUGUUUUUUUUCUUUUCAUUCCUCCUGAAUGUGAGUUUUUUUCUCUCUCGGGCUGUCUAAAGGUGGCUUGAUGCAUAGCAUAAAAAAAAAAGAAAAAAGAAAAAAGUGCACUGCCAUGACAUCAAUUUAGGAAUGCAUUUACAGUAAAUAGUGGUCUGGUUUUUGAAAGCGCCCUGCAUGCUUGCAGCUGCAGAGACGCUGGGGUGGAGGGGAUCUGACCUUAGAUUUGCUUGCAGGCCGGGCCUUUUUGCACCCAUGUUGCAUCGAAUAAUUUCUUGUUGUUUUCUUCAGCCGUGCUGCAGAGAACAUCCUCGCUGCUCUUUGCAGCGACACACCUGCGCUCCUGUUCAACACUAUUAUUUUCUAUAAGGACAUCCAUAAUUUAGACGCUCCACCAUCAAAUAUUGAGGAGAGAAAUGGAGCUGAGAGGUCAGGAGGCCCGCUUCUUGGUUUUUAUUAUUUUUUGUUUCCUUUCUAAAGACAAAGAGUGAAAACUGCUCACUUUUCAGUUAGCAUGGGAUUUUUUUUAAAGGUUUCAUCACUGAUUGCAUUUUAUCUCAAAAAUAGAGUAGUUUUUUUUUUGUUUUUCCAGAAUGAAUCUGCAGUAACUGCUUGAUAAAUUUGGAGAUUCCGUCACAGAAUCACAAACAAUCUGCAGUUUCCGUUGUGGCGGCUUAACCCUCGCCGGAUGCAAUCACCACCGCCUCCUUCGGCCACCGACUUUUUCUUAAGGUUUCAUUAUUUAUUGGUUCGUGCACAGUCGAGGUCCUGCAACUUUGCUUCUUUUAAGCAGUAAAACGGAAACAGCACCAGCUACUACUUAUAAUAAACAAGCUGUACAUACAGUAGAUAUGACUUUAUAUAUAAAUAUAUAUGAAUGGGUCUUUGCACAAGUUAUCUCCGUGUCUGCUCCGUGUGAUUUUAACAGGAAAAAAAACAAAAAUGUGAAAGAAAGUUCAGAAAAAAAGAAAAAAAAAACAACUUUAUAUAUGCUUUACAAUUCUUUGUCUCAUUAACAUUUUGCACUUAUUUAAAAGAGGCUUACUUUGGUUUCUGGGCUGUCAGAGCUGUUUCACGCUCUGCUAUGAUAAUGUACAAUAUGUAUAUGUAUUUUUAAUCAUAUGCAUAUAAAUAUAUGUCUAUGUAAUUUG